AAAUAGAUUAUUCCCUCUAGAUAUCAUAUUCCAAAUUUGCAAUAACUUGCUCCAAUGUCUGUGUGUCUUCAGGCUUCAUCAAGUUCUCAUCCACCUGUAAAAGAGGGUGUGCCUGAGAUUGUUCGUCGGUCUGCAAAUUAUCAUCCCUGUGUCUGGGGAGACCAUUUCCUUGCAUACUCUGGUCCUGAUCACGCGAUACCUGACCAUGACACAGAGCGAAAAAUUCAGGAACUGAAAGAAGAAGUGAAGGAGAUGCUACUGUCAGCAGCUCCUCAACCCAACCAACAGCUUAAGUUGAUUGAUGAUCUUCAACGACUUGGUCUCGCCUACCAUUUUGAAGCAGAGAUCAACCUGGCUUUACAUGAUAUGAAUGGUAUCUUUUCUGAGCUCUUUGCUAAUAAAAGUGAGGAUGAUCUUCGCAUGGUAGCUCUUUGCUUCCGGUUACUUAGACAACAAGGGUAUGAUGUAUCUUCUGAUGUGUUCAAACAAUUCAAGGACGAGAACAAAGGGACAUUCAAGGACUGCUUGAGCAAGGAUGUGGAAGGACUGCUUAGUUUAUAUGAAGCUGCACACCUUAGGCUGCAUGGAGAAGACAUACUAGAAGAAGCAUUGGCAUUCACAACCUCUCAGCUUGAGCAACUCAAGGGUCAGUUGAAAAAUCCCCUAGCAGCACAAGUGACUCAUGCACUUAAGAUACCCAUUUGGAGGAGUGUAAACCGGGCUGAAGCAAGGCGCUACAUCUCUGUUUACAGCGAAGAUGAUUCUCAUAAUGAAGCUCUGUUGUUAUUUGCCAAACUAGACUUUAAUCUCCUGCAGAAACUUCAUCAGGGAGAACUAGCAAAUAUCUACAGGUGGUGGGAAAAAUUCAAUUUUAAGGAAAAAUUGCCUUUUGCAAGAGACAGAUGGGUGGAGUGCUACUUUUGGGGGUUAGGAUUGUAUUUUGAGCCUCAGUAUGCCCUUGCCCGCACAAUAUUAACAAAAGUAUUUUCACUGAUGAUCGUUCUUGAUGACAUAUACGACGUGUACGGUACACUUGAAGAAGUUACACUACUGACAGACGCAAUUGACAGGUUGGACAUCAGUGCCUUAGAUCAGCUACCAGAUUACAUGAAGUACUUUUAUCAAAUUCUCUUAGAUUUUUAUGCUGAAGUCGAGGAAGACUUGAGCAAGGAGGGACUCCCAUUAUACCGUGUCCAGUAUGCAAAAGAUGCAAUGAAGCAAUUAACUAGGUCAUACCAGUAUGAAGCUGAGUGUUUAGACAAAGGUUUAGUUCCAACAAUGGAUGAAUAUAUGCACCAUGGACUAGUCACUGCAGCUUUAACCAUUCUUGGAAUUCAUUCCUUCUUGGGAAUAAGGGACAUGGUUACCGAGAAAUCCCUUGAUUGGAUAUCUCAUUUUCCACUGCUUAUCAGGGCUGGAUGCUUAUUUUGCAGACUCACUGACGAUAUGAUUGAGCUCGAGGCCGAGAAGAAGACAGUAGACACAGCUUCCGCCGUUGAGUGUUACAUGAAACAACAUGGUGUUUCAAAGGAACAUACAUUUUCUGAGUUUCGCAAACAAAUUGUUGAUGCAUGGAUAGAUAUAAAUUCGGAGUGCCUCCGUCCAACUGCAGUCCCGAUGCCUCUUAUUAGCACCGCUUUCAAUAUGGUCCGUGUGACAAAUCUUCUUUACCAGGAUAUUGAUGGAUUCACUACAUCGGAGACUAAAACCAAAGAAAUUCUCACCCCUGUCCUCGUUGAUUCUAUUCCAAUUUAAGCGUGAUUUAUGUAAGCCUUAUGUCUCAAUCAUGUUAUGGAACCUGCAACAGAUCAUCCAAAGGUUCGAAUUUAUCAGAUACUUUUUAAGUUUAUAUACUGGUUUGAUUGUGAAAUAAGGGCUCACUUUGUAAUUUUAAUGUAAUAUAUAAUAAAGAUUCGGGCUUAUAUUUUUU